UAUUACGUAUGCGUGUAACGAAGGAUCGGCUCAGGGCAUCUGCAGACUGCCAGCGCGGCCAGCCAGUCUGUGCAGGCAGCGGGAAGGGUGAGUUGUGCCUACCAAGUUCUGCCCGCCGCACCACCACACCAGCAAGCAAUGUUACGCUCGACCCAGGUGGCGCUGGUAGUGGCCCUGGUGGCAGGUGUGUCCUCCGCUCCUCAGUCUGUGUUCAGGCCACAAGACCGUGGAUCUUUCCAUCCAUCCUCUGACUUGUUUCUCGACGGUGCAGGAUCGGAACACAAUGCAGAAACAAGUGGAACACAAGAGUCUAGUGGCCAACCACAGUACACCAUCGGAAAAUUGUCCACGGAAUCAGAAGGCGGGAAGGAUGCAGACGAAAACACUUCCUCUAAAUUGCUGCCAGACUUAUCACAGAUGAAGAGUGUAGAUGGCACAGAGCAAGUGGGAGCCGAAGCUAAAACGUAUAGCGACUCUGUGACAAAGGAGGUUGAUGUUGACAGUGGAAGAAAGCUUCUAGGGGUACUGCCAGAAAUUCCUGAAGCACCUAGUCCAGUAGACCCAAAGACCAAACAAACAACUGAGAUGAUAUCUGAAAUUGAAAGUAUUCUCAGAAGAGUAAGAGAGCAAUAUAACAAAGGAAAUCAACCUUUGCCGGCACUCGAAAGUCAGGAUAGAAUUGACUCUCAGGCACACACUCCACAGUCUCUUACAGAUUUCUUGAAAUUCUCUGCAUCACAAGUAGGCAAUAAAACACAGCAGGAAGAUCCCGUGAUAGAGGAAGCCAGACAACGCUACAUGACCGCGUGGAAUGAAGAGGCAGAUCGUCUGAAUGCGCCAUUCAUGAAGGUGAACAAAGCAUGGCCAGAACUUGGAAUGGUUUACAUGCCUACAGUGACCGAGGUGACUGACCAAAUCAAGGCGGCUGAAUCUGUGAAGCAAGCAGGGCAGGCCUUCAUGGAUAUGUGGGAAAGAAGGCACACAGAGACCAACUCUUUCCCCUCGGGAGUUGAACCCAUGCUCAAGAUAUUCAGCAAUUUCAUGGGUGCUUGGUCAUGGGCGCAGACUCUUGAAGAAAACCCAGACACUCCCGAAGUAGAACCCAGUGAUCAGGGACAUGUUGUUCGAAAGACUACUGAUGACACUAUAGAUAAGAGAAAAAUAUCGAGACACGAUGGCUCUCGCUUGGAGGCAGAUGGAAUAAAGGGUCUGGACUCACGCUUCGAAGAACUUCUAAGCAGUAUGUUUAACCAGAGACGGGUGCAACCAGUCUUUCAUCCCAGCCACCAUUCAAAACCACAGCACCCCUUGACAAAACUGGGUGAUAAGAAAAUAAAGUUAUCUUGUUUUGUGGAGCCUGAUGUGGUGCAUGACGACCCUAAUACAGCAGCAAUCCCUAUUGCUGACCACAGACCAGCCGUUUUUCCCACACGCAUUAAGAGACCAGUUUCUCUUCCUUCUAGAGUGGGAAUUCCAAAACAUAAUUCGAAUGCAGAUGUACGACCUGUAACACAACAAAGCGAAGAACAAAAACUCCUGACAAACCCAGUUGCAUUCAUAAAGCAAGUAAAAGAUCGCCUUACUUCUAACGUGCCUGUCAGCCAUGUUGCAUAUCCUGGACCUCCUGUCAGGCAUGGAGUGGCAAAGGUGCCCGUAGCGCAUACAGAUAGACUCGCGCCGCUCUCAAUGCACUCCUACAGUGUGGAAGCUGUUGACGAGCACGAUGAUUUCCAACUCUCUGAAGAAGACUCCGCUCUCCAAUCCUUUGAGUCUGAUGAACAGCCCAGCCGUCGACGCGCGUCUCAUCACGCUCACAGGCAAGCACCCCGCAUGGGCUACGACCACCACUGAGGCUUCCUGAAUUAUUUCAGGUACAUCAGGUAAUUUCUGCAGCUUUUUUCCUUAUCUCUAACCCGUUGUUACGCCAAAUAAAUCUGAUGGCAUUAUUUAUCUAAACUAUUAUUUUACUUAUUAAGAAUGAAAACAAUAGCCUUAUAAGUCAAUAAUAGUAGGCGUAGGAGUAGGUAAGGAUGAUGACCUCUGUAGCUUGAACCUGAGUCUUCCCACAGCUGCUGUGGCACUAUAACACGCAGUUGACAAGUCUUAACAAGGCAACACUUCCACAGUAAUAUCGCCCAAUGCCAGUCAAUUGCAGCAGACUCAGAGCUGUGGUGCUUCGUUAGUCGAGCGUGAUUACUGUGGCUUUGGGCACAUUAGGUUUAAUUUUAUACAAAUAAGAUAAACAAAAUAUAAAAUUAGGAAAACUAAUUUGUCGAAAGUCUACGAGUGAACAAUAUUAAAAUAAAAUAUUAUUUCAUAA